AUGAAGAAAAUCUUCAGGCAGAUCCCAGCCGAGGAGAAGGCUACGCGGUCAUGUCCGCGCGCCGCGGUCGGAGGGGCGAGUGCGCGCGGGCCUAGGCGCAGCCGCCGUGUUCAGGCAGGGAGCCGAGCUCCGGGCGCAGGCAGCCGCCUCCCGUCGGGGCCAUGUACCUCCGCCAGGGCUCCGCACCGCGGGCGGGAGGCGAUCGCCGCGGCGGCCGCCAGUCAGCGCCACAGCCCGCCCCCUCGGUGCCGGGCGCCCCGCACGGGCCCGCCCCCUGCGGCCCUCCCGGGGCCUCGCCCCUCCUCGCCGCGGUCUCGGCUGCGGAGCUCCCGGCUCCCAGAGAGGGUCCGGCCCGAGGAGCUCCCCAGCCCGCGUCACGCACCAGGGCCUGCAGCGCGCGGGCGCGCGCCUCUCCCACCAGCCUGCCCACUCCCCCCCGACCCCAGCCCUGCCCGCGUGUCGGCGGGGCGGCGGCGACCUCGGCCCGGGCGGAGCAGUGGCGGUGAUGCCCGCCCCGCUUUCCGCCGCUGCGGAGCGGCGCUCACCCGCCCCCACCCUGAGGCCCGGGGUUGGGGCCGGAGCUGCACGUGGCCGGUGCCCUGGCUGCGCAGGUUUGGAAUCCUAGGCCUCUCCGGAGCGCUCCCGCGACCCCCGGCGCCAGUCUGUCGGGUCACCCCGGCCGCCUUCUGCAGCCCUCGGGCACGGCCACCGCAUACACUCGCACCGGCGGUUUCCGCUGUGUGCGGGCCGCAGAGACCUGAGGGCUCCAAACGUGGAAACGCAAUGAAGAAAAACGCAGGCAGAGCGUGGCCUUUGAAAUUUGGCUGCGCUGUUGAGAAGGCUACAAUAUGUGGAAGCGUUUAUCAGAUGUCUGCACCGCGAGCAUACCUUCCUGUCAGCCUCAAUAGUGGCUUUUUUUUAAGGUCAAAGAAUAAGCAGAGGGCAGGGAUUUGGAGCCGACUCGGGUUGAGUGUCGUUGCACUUGGCAGGACUGGUUUACUGAAGCGGGUGGUUCGAGACAGAGUCUCACUUUACCGCCUUCAGUAGAGUGCCAUGAUGUCACAGGACUCGCAGCAACCUCUAGCUCUUGGGCUUCAGCGAUUCUCCUGCCUCAGCCUCCCAAGCAGCUGGGACUACAGGUGCCCGCCACAACGCCCAGCUAUUUUUUGGUUGCAGUUCAGCCGGGCCUGGGUUUGAACCCGCCACCCUCGGUAUGUGGGGCCGGCGCCCUACUCACUGAGCCACAGGCACCACCCACAGAAAGCUUUUAUUAUGUGCUCUG